AUAUGAAGUAAAAGGGGAUGCAAACAAGAUAAUAAACCACAACUAACAUCCACGGACACAUGUCCGGAUCACUAUUCAACAAGGGUAAAACCCGGGAUCGCUAUAGUUGCCUACUGAUCUACCUUGUUUGAAUAAUCUAGAGAUUAGGGGCUGCCCCACACUCUGUGGAAUGAUGCCCAAGGACCUUCCUUGUUUGAAUAAUCUAGAGAUUGCAGAGUGCCCGCAAUUCCUAGUUGAAGGUUCCAGCAUUAGCCUCCUGUCACUCACCUCGAUAGCUAUGAAUGACGUUCCUCUAACAAGCCUUGAAGCGGUCCUUGAGAUGAGGAGUAUGGUUGAUGAUGAAGUGAUAUCGGCAAAUGCAAAGUCUAAGCAUCCGAGUUCAAUAACUUCCUUGAGCAUUGGGAUGAUUAAGAAACUCGAGCUCUUGCCAAAAUGGGUUACUCAUGGGCUGAUGGAACUCGAAGCAUUGAACAUUACACGCUGUGAAGAACUCAAGACACUGUGGAAGAAUGAGGUGAGAGUGCAACACAGUCUCCCUGCAUUCCGAUGUUUGGAAAUUGAAGGCUGCCCCCAGCUUGUUUCAUUGUUUGAAGAAGAUGAGGAUGAAAAAAAUGAAGGGCAACAUCAGCAACAAAAAGAAGAGGGACUGUCUUGCAAAGUGAGGCUUAAGCGUCUAAGAAUAUGUAAUUGUGAAAAGUUGGAGAAACUGCCACGGCUGCUACAUACCUUCACUUUUGUUCGAGAGUUGUUUGUCUAUAACUGUCCGAGUCUCGUCUCUUUUCCAGAGGCGGGUUUUCCGUGCACGCUGAAAAGACUUGAGAUAAGUGAUUGUGAGGCUCUGCAAUCCUUAUUCGGGUGGAUAACGCAGAUUAAUGACAAUAAUCUUGAAGUGUUAGAUGUUGCACAUUGUCCAUCCCUCACAUUCUUGAUAUCGUGCAGAGGUGGGGGGCUACCACCCACACUCAAAGAGCUUCGGAUUUGGUGGUGUAAAAAGUUGGAGGCACUGCUAGUAGAGGAGGGGAUGGAAAUUAACUGUCCAUCUCUUGAGUCUGUUUGUAUCUGGGGUUGUGAAAGGCUCAAAUACUUGCAAGAUGCCCUUCCUAAUCAUAAUAAUAAUAAUAAUCUCAGGCAUCUCAAGGAAUUGGUUUUAGUAGCCUGUAUGAAUUUAGAGUACAUUCCAGACGGAUGGUUCCACUCCGCAACAAAUCUGAUAGUAUUGGAUAUCAGGGGAUGCAAAAAACUAAAUGACCUACCAGUUCGGCCACAAGGAUUGCAGAGCAUCAACUACCUCACUUCUCUUCGAGGGCUGUGUAUGAAUAUUGCAGAAUGGAGCAACGACUUCAAGAAGACUGAUUUGCACAGUUUAUCCUCUCUUAAAAGAUUGUUGAUUGAAGCCAAAGAAGAUGAACAUCCGGUGGGUUCCGACUUUGCGAUAGAUGGGAUGUUGCUGCCCACCUCUCUGAUCAAUCUUCGCAUCUGGGAUUUCCGAAAUCUGGAGAAGCUAUCUUCUAAGUUGUUUCAAAACCUCACCUCUCUUGAAGAACUUGAAAUCGAUGGUUGCCCUAGGCUCAAAUCAUUACCAGUACAAAGGCUGCCUCCCUCACUUAAGGAAUUGUGGAUCCAGAGAUGUCCGAGACUAACAGGGAAGUGUGAAAAGGGGAAAGGCAAAUAUUGGCCCCACUUAGCUUACAUUCCUCAUGUCGUCGUUAUUGAUGACUAGUUAUGCACCGUGUGGAGAUUCUCACCGCAACACAAGCAGUCAAAUCGCCAGAAAUGUGCUUUCAAGGAUCUUAAUACAAAGAAAGGCUUCUUUCGAUAGAUUUCCUCGUCUGCUUUUAUUUCCCAAAGUAACCACAACAAAUGGAAGAGUUUCUCAUUUCUUUCCAAUUUCUUGCAUUUGUCCCUGGAUAUCCUGUCCAUCCAAUGAUUGUUUGCUAUCCCCAUGUACACUCUGACCAAUCCUAAGGAAAUAUAGCUUUGGGAAAGCUCAUGUUUAGAAUGUUCAGAGUUUCACAAUUUCAUGGAGGACAACAUAUCUCUAGUCUGGUAUUGGAUUGAAUCUUAGAUUGCUAAGUCUUGCUUGGUUACACUAACUGUACAAACAUUUCAUUCCUAUGGGGACAUCAUGCUGCUAGCAAAAGCUUUUGAGUCCAAACAGGAAAAUCCCUAACUAUAUACUGUUGAAAUGGCAAGGGUGGAAUCAACAUUUGAUUUAAGCAGUUCAGAAGCUGUGGACUUUCUAGAUACAUUUCUAUCCAUGAAUCCAGAUUCCAGCUUACAGGUUAAAAUCCACGCUUUUUUCAGGGUUCUGAGAUGGAAGGCUUGUGAUCUUUCUGAAAAGGAGUUUUUGGUGAAUAUUUCUGAAAAGAUAUUUGGAGUCCUUGAUGUGGAGAAAAAGGGUAAAAUAACAUUCAAGCAGGUGAUAAUCUCUCUCUCUUAGUUAUACAUGCGAUCCCCAAUUGGUCCCAACAUUGUCUCCACAAAGCCAAUACAGAGCUUCCCAUAGAUGGAAAAUCUAUAGCUUGCAGUUCCUAUAUGGGUCAGCUCAUGUCCUACAGCAACCAUUAUUCAGAUGAGCCUGUGAAUUAGCCUUUGCUGAGUGUCAUACUGUUGGAAACCAUUACAUUUCUGAGCAAGAAUUGGGAGAUUUCAUUAAGCCGACUAUUCCAAACAUGGAUGACUUUGAGAUCCAUGAGCUAUUCAAAUCAUUUGUUAUCGAUAACGAUGGGAGGAUCAACAAGGAUGAUUUUAUCUCCUGUUUAAGAAGAAUCCGUUGCUCGUUCACUUCUCUCUCCCCAGUUUAUGCACAAGAACUUGUCUGGAGUCAAUGAUACAUAGGAUGUUAAGGAAGAUGGUGUGAUGGAUGAUGGGUUGAUGGGUCAAUUUUUGUUGUAGGUUUGGCUCUAUGAAACAUUUUAGCUCUUUCACAGAGGGCUCAAGUGAGGGAUAGGUUAUUUGCAUAUAAUUCUUUUUCUUUUGAAAAUAAUCACUUAACUUCUUGUAAUUUGUUGAAUAAAAUAUACAGUUUUCCUCAAAAUUAGCAGUGUAUUACACGUGCCUACAUUUUCAAAUAGUGGGGGA